UGAUCGGAGAAUAAGUCUUAAUUCAAAGUCUAAAUCUUUUUCAUAUAACCAACUAAUCAAACAAGGUAAUAGCGCUAUCGAGAAGGAUGUACUAGUAGUUUUUUUAAUUGAAUCAAACGUAUUUAUUUUAAGAUUUCAAGUUCUAGGUCAUGUACUACUACUCCAAGGUCGAAAACCCAUGAACGAAUUGAAGGUCAAACAAAGUAAAUGCUAAUUAAAUGACAGCAGUCUUCUUCUUGGGGGUUUGGUGAUGGACAGGAUUUUCAUUGGUUAAAUUUUGCUCAGCCUUUACGUGAACUCAAGUCACAGUUUAUCUUUAUUACAUUUUCAUCACGCCUAAGCUAAGCAACUCAUAAAUCCGUAAUUAAUUACUACUUCAAUAUCCUCGUUUUAGUGUAAUAAAUAUUUGGAACACCAACCAUGAGUUUGUGAGUUUAUCUUUUUCUUCUUAUCUUCUCAUACACUUUUGACCAAAAGUAAAUUACCUCGUUAUUCUAACCAGCGGUCCAGAAUGAAGUAUAAGAAAUACUAUAAUAUAUUAUAUAUUUAUAAAUUAGUAUUCGAAUAUUCAACAAGAAAAAAGAGGCUGAAAAGAAAGCUCAAUAAUUGGCUUAGAGGCAUGAGGAGCCAGACACCAAUUUUAAAAUCGAAAUACAAUGUCUCUCUUUACUUAAAAUUAUGCACCACCACUAAUUAAUAUGUCCACCACAUUUCUUCUGCUCACCACCAUUGAUCUCACUAUCUCUUUUAUUUAUUUAUUUCUCUUCUCCUUCCAAAACUUUUUUGCUCAGCAGCAGUAACUCCUUGGCCCCAAAACCCAUCUGUCUCUGAAUCUGGCUGGGAAAGAAAGUAAUAACGUCAAUUAUUAUUUCUCUUCCCUUAUUCGUCUCUCCUUCAUAAAAAAACCAUUAUUAAUCAAUGGUAUAUUGUGUGUCCAUCCAUAUAUAUAAAUAUAAAAUAUUCAUGAACGCAUUGAAGAAGGUUGAGUGAGAGAGAGAGAGAAAAAAAAACAAUAAAAGAGUUUUUUACAGGCAUGGCUUCACGUGACAUCUUCAUCGACCAAGAACUUCGAGAAAAGAUACUCUCAAAGUGAGAGAGAGAGAGUUCUCACAUGUUCAUUAAUACUCCUCCUCAUGCUCCCUCCCUCACACCUUCUUCUUCUUCUUCUCUCUAGUCUCUUCCAGUUUCGUAGUAAACCUCCAUCCUUUCUUUCCUUUUCCUUCGAUCGAGAUGCUUUAACAAAUGGGGGCAGAUCUGAAAAGUGACUAAUAAUGGAAAGUGACGGCUAAGAGAUUCAUAAGUUGUCUUUUUAUGGAAACUCGAUUCGACCAUUAUAUUUCAUUUCUGAUUCUUUCUUGAUUCCAUUCACCCUCUUUAGUCAUGGUCUCUUCUUCUCCUCCUCCUCCAUCCACAUUGUUCCUACUCUUUGCUUCUACACUAUUCUUACUUUCUCCGGCGAGAUCCAGCGACGUUGACUCUCUCCUCUCCUUGAAAUCCUCAAUCGAUCCAUCGAACUCGAUUCCAUGGCGAGGAACAGAUCUCUGCAACUGGGAAGGAGUCAAAGAAUGUCUAAACGGAAGAGUCUCCAAGCUCGUCCUCGAGUAUCUAAACCUCACCGGUUCACUCGACGAAAGGAUCCUAAACCAAUUGGACCAGCUUAGGGUUCUCAGUUUCAAAUCAAAUUCCCUCUCCGGUUCAAUCCCUAACCUCUCCGGUUUACACAAUCUCAAAUCGGUUUACCUCAACGACAACAACUUCACCGGCUCCUUCCCGGAGUCUCUCACCUCGCUUCACCGGUUGAAAACUAUUAACCUCUCCGGUAACAGAUUAUCCGGCAAGAUCCCGACCUCGCUCCUCCGUCUCUCGCGGCUGUACACGUUCGAGGUUCAGGACAAUCUCUUCGCCGGUUCGAUUCCUCCUCUUAACCAGACGAGUCUCAGAUUCUUCAACGUCUCCAACAACAAACUCUCCGGCCAAAUCCCGCCGACGCGAGGGUUAAAGCAGUUCGACGAGAGUUCGUUCGCCGGAAACUCCGCUCUCUGCGGCGAUCAGAUUCGAAUCCCGUGCGGAACUUCGCCUGCGCCGUCGAAACCAGCGCCUACUCCGUCUAAGAAGAAGGACAAAGCGAAACUAAUCGGAAUCAUCGCCGGAAGCGCCGCCGGGGGAGUUUUAAUCCUCAUCCUUCUCCUGACGGUUGUCAUCUUCUGCUGUCGACGGAAGCGGCGGAUCAAGUCUCCGAGGGAAGAUAGAAAAGGCAAAGGAAUAGCUGAAGCCCAAGGAGGAGGAGGAGCAACAGCUUCGGAGACGGAGAGGGACAUCGAGAGGAAAGACAGAGGCUUCUCAUGGGAGAGAAGCGAGGAAGGAGCAGUGGGGACUCUCGUUUUCCUCGGAGCCAGCGAUUCAGGCGAGACGACGGUGGUGAGAUACACCAUGGAGGAUCUGCUCAAAGCUUCGGCUGAGACUUUGGGGAGAGGGACGUUAGGGAGCACGUACAAGGCCGUGAUGGAGUCUGGGUUUAUAGUCACUGUGAAGAGGCUCAAGAACGCGAGGUAUCCUCGCAUGGAGGAGUUCAAGAGGCAUGUUGAGAUCCUUGGACAGCUCAGACACCCUAACCUCGUCUCUCUAAGAGCUUACUUCCAGGCUAAAGAAGAACGCUUGCUUGUUUAUGAUUACUUCCCCAAUGGCAGUCUCUUCACUCUCAUCCACGGAACUCGAGCUUCUGGAAACGGGAAGCCUCUUCAUUGGACAUCAUGUCUGAAAAUAGCUGAGGACUUAGCCUCAGCUCUGCUCUACAUACAUCAGAACCCUGGCCUAACUCAUGGGAACUUGAAGUCCUCCAAUGUCCUGUUAGGUCCUGAUUUCGAGUCCUGCCUCACUGACUACGGCCUCAGCAGUCUCCAUGACCCUGACUCGGCUGAAGAAACGAGCGCGGUCUCUCUCUUUUACAAAGCACCAGAGUGUAGAGACCCGCGGAGAGCCUCUACGCAGCCUGCUGAUGUCUACAGCUUCGGGGUCCUUCUCCUCGAGCUUUUAACGGGUAGAACACCGUUCCAGGACCUUGUUCAAGAAUACGGGUCGGAUAUCUCUAGAUGGGUGCGUGCGGUGAGGGAAGAAGAGACUGAAUCAGGCGAGGAGCCGACUUCUUCGGGGAACGAAGCAUCAGAGGAGAAGCUUCAGGCGCUUUUGGGUAUCGCAAAUGUUUGUGUGACCAUUCAACCGGAAAACAGGCCUGUGAUGAGAGAGGUGUUGAAGAUGGUGAGGGAUGCAAGAGCCGAAGCACCGUUCUCGUCUAACAGUAGCGAACAUUCACCGGGGAGAUGGUCUGAUACAGUUCAGAGCUUGCCAAGGGAAGAUCAAGUGAGCAUAUAGAGAACAAUAGAUGUGGUGCCUUCUUCAUUGCUUUUCUCGAGUAACUUUUGUGAUUCUUGGAGUAGGUUUCAUAGUGUAAAGCUUCUUUCUUCAUUUCCCGUAACGCCAUUUUGAUUCAGCGACCUGUAGGACUUGCAUGAGAUUUGUUGAAUUUAUUAAAUUUGAGAAGUUGGCA